CUAAAGCUUGACGUGGCAUCAUCAGUAGCGCAGCUAGCGCUUGUCAGUCUCCGCCUUUAUCGGUCCCGUGCGGCGUAAAGUCUCUUUUAUGGGUUUUAUCCUCCAUUAAUACACCGCACCAAACAUGUUUACGUUCUCGGAACUUGUCGUGCUCCUCUGCGCGCUUUCUUACACGGCGAGCGGCUAUUUUGUGAGCAUAGACGCGCACGCGGAGGAGUGUUUCUAUGAGCGCGUGAACUCGGGCACGAAGAUGGGCCUGAUGUUUGAGGUCGCCGAGGGAGGAUUUCUGGACAUCGACGUGGAGAUAACCGGUCCAGACGGGAAGCAGAUCUAUAAAGGAGACCGCGAGUCCAGUGGGAAAUAUUCUGUAGCCGCCCAUAUGGACGGCACCUACAAGUUCUGCUUCAGCAACAAGAUGUCCACCAUGACCCCAAAGAUUGUGAUGUUCACCAUCGACAUCGGCGAGGCGCCCAAAGGACAGGACAUGGAGACAGAGGGAGGUGGUGACAGCUGGGAUGCUCAUCAGAAUAAGCUGGAGGAGAUGAUCAACGAGCUGGCGGUCGCCAUGACAGCGGUCAAACAUGAGCAGGAAUACAUGGAGGUCCGAGAGAGAAUACACCGUGCAAUCAAUGACAACACGAACAGCAGGGUGGUGCUCUGGUCCUUCUUCGAGGCUCUGGUGCUGGUGGCCAUGACCCUCGGACAGAUUUACUACCUGAAGAGAUUCUUUGAAGUGCGGAGAGUCGUAUGAAAACCCUCAACAUAAACACAUUGAGUCCGUGAUUUACCAGUUUCUCGAAUUGGACGUCCAAUUCAACAGAGAUCAGAAGAACUUGGUUGUUCGCUAGUCCACCAGUCAUUUUGUUUUUAUUUGCCCCAGUUGUGUAGAUCUCUUCAUUUCUUUGUUUUGGUAAAGGGUGCAAGUUCGGUUAUGAAUUGUUAAUUAAUUGAUUUUGUUUUAGCCCAACUUGUGUAAUUUUAUUUGGAACAGGCAUCUUUUAUUUAAUUUUUUGCUUGGUGUUUUUUCUCCAGUACUGUUACAGCAGCACAUUACUACAAGAAUGAAGUAAAGGUGAUGUUAUGGUGUUGCCCCAAUGAAAGAACUUGCUUUUGGAUUGUAUGAAAUAGCAUGAUUAUGCUAUAACAAAGCCAUUGUUGUGAGAGAAUGGGAAGUCAGUAAUCACUGACGUAAAUCAAGACGAAUGUCACGGCAAACACAUUUCAUGCCAUAUUCACAGCUCAUUAUCACAUUUAGUUAUGCCAACAACCUCCAUGGCACAUAUUUAAACCUGAUGCUGGUAAAGUGGUAAAAAUGACUGCUUGCAGAUUUUCUGGUGUAUUUUUAAAUGUUUAGGCAGGGUAGGCCCAAUUUCUUUUUCUUCUCUCUAUCUUCAGUUUCUUCAUGGGGGGGGGAGUACUUUAUGUAGUUUUGUACUGUUUUUGUUGUCUUAACCACCUCUUAUAAAUAAAAUGCAAAUUUAUUUGGCUAAGACUACUGGGAAACUGAUGAUAAAACUGUAAACUUCUGAAGUUCAAUGAAUAUGUAUGUCAAAUAUGAAUUUGAUUUAAUAAACCUGAAACAUGUUCUUAAAA